AUAGCUUUUACACUGCUACUACUACAGCGCUGCUCCUCUGCUCUGCUGCACUUCUCUCCUAUAUCUAAUUAUCUCUACGUUUCCUCUCCCUGCAAUUCUCUCCAAUUCCAUCCUUCUUCUCCAAUUUUCUCUGAUCUUCUUCCUUCCUAACAGCUUCCAGAUCAUUUGAUCUGUUGCCUAGCCAGGAAGUGCUUUGAAAAUUCGAUUCUCUGUCUGUUUGUUUGAUUGUUUGUUUUUGCAGUUCAAUUGGUGUGGAGACUGGAGAUCACAGCCAUGGCGGCGCUUGAAACGUGGUUGGUGAAGGUGAGGAAGACGAUUGCGCAGGGAUUGGAUUCAGUACGGGCGGCGCCGCCGGCGACGAAGAAGAUUGCGAUCAGGAAAUCGAACGUCGGCGUUUUGGCGUUCGAGAUCGCGGGAAUGAUGUCGAAGCUUGUACACCUGUGGCAGUCGCUAUCGGACGCGAGCAUCGCGCGUCUCCGCGGCGAGGCGAUAUGCCUGGAAGGUGUUCGGAAAAUUGUCUCCAACGACGACGCAUUCCUCCUCGGAUUAGCCUGCGCGGAACUCGCUGAAAACCUCCGAUUGAUCGCGAAAUCCGUCGCGCGUAUGAGCAGCAGGUGCGAGGAUCCCAACCUCCGACGCUUCGAUCGGUUGUUCGACGAGUUUGCCAACAGUGGCCGCGAUCCGCACACCUGGCUGCUCAACGCCAAAGAAAUGGAGAUUAAGAUGCGGAAAUUGGACAGGCUCGUCGGCGCCGCUGCCGCCUUGCACCGCGAAAUGGACGAACUGGUGGCGCUGGAGAACGGAUUGAAGAAAUCUGCACACAGCAAAGAGAACGAUGCCUCGAUUAAAGCGAAGAAGAUAACGGAUUUGCAGCAGAAGAUCAUCUGGCAAAGGCAGCAAGUAAAGUACUCUAAGGAGAAAUGUCUAUGGUCUAGAAGCUUCGAUACAGUUAUAUCCACCCUCGCAAAAUGCGUGUUCACCAUUCUCGCAAGGAUCAAGCUCGUGUUCGGAGUCAACCAUGGCUUCCCAAUCUCAUUACCCCGCAGCCUCUCCGCCUCUGCUCUGGUCCAUCCAUGGGAGACCACCACCAACACUCCUGGCUUCGUCUCCGGUCCAUUGACCAAAACCUCUCCAAACCUACAGCCUCGCGAAGGAUUCUUCGAUCUAAAUUCGAAAAUCCUAAAACCUCCUCCAACAACGCUAGGCGCAGCAGCACUUUCGCUGCACUACUCGAAUCUGAUAAUCGUAAUGGAGAAGAUGAUCCGGUCGCCGCAGCUGGUAGGCGCCGACGCAAGAGACGAUCUCUACUCCAUGCUUCCGAAUUCGAUCCGUUUCGCUCUCCGAAGACGCCUGAAAGGCGUCGGCUUCUCCGCGAGCGAUCCUUUCCUCGCCGGAGAAUGGCGAGAUGCUCUGCAGAAGAUCCUCGGCUGGUUAUCGCCAUUAGCACACAAUAUGAUCAGAUGGCAGAGUGAAAGGAGCUUCGAGCACCAGAAUUUGGUUCCAAAAACGAAUGUUCUUCUUCUGCAAACGCUCCAUUUCGCCAAUCAGGAUAAGACCGAGGCAGCCAUAACCGAGCUGCUCGUAGGUCUGAAUUACAUUUGGAGAUUCGAAAGGGAGAUGAACGCUAAGGCAAUUCUCCAGUACAGUAACUUCAAUGGAUCAUUAUGCAUGAUGAACAGCUCGCCAUCACCACAAGGUCAGAGCUAAAUCCUUUUCUUCCUAUAUUUUUUCUGUGCCUUUAGUUUACUCUUUUCUUUUUUGGGAGGGGAUUUUAAUUUUGAUUGAUCAUUAGAAAUCAUAUAUAUAUAUAUAUAUAAUCUUGCAUUCAACUUAUGCUCCAGAUCUGUGAGGAUAGCUUUGUGCAUCUAACCCCUGAUCUGUAUCUGUAACAUAUAUUAUGAUUGUGAUGAUGAAAUGUAAAUUAUGAUCAAGGGUUGAAUUGAACAAAUAUUUAGAUCAUAAUCUACACUUGAUUGGGGAAUUUUUUUUUUUUUUUUUGAAUCCACCAUGUGAACAUAUUCUUCUUGGCCAUGCAUUGGCAUGAUUAGACGUGGAGAAUUUGGAUCCAGAUUUCUUCAAGUGUGGGCAAUAUAUAUAUAUAUAUAUAUGAUAUUGUCCCAAAGAAAAUUAAAUAAUAUCACACUGCUGCUAUGGUAUGAUUAGCUGUGGGGCUUGGGAUUGAAUUAAAUUUUGUUGUAGAUUAGGUUGAGGGCAUGUUUUAAUAUUUAUUGAUUGAUUUAUGAAUAUAUGUGUGGGGAUUUUUGCAAUUUUUAUUUAAUUGGUGGGUUAUGUAUAUAUAUAAUUAUAGUAUAUGUAUAAAUCAAGGCUCAUUUUUCCAGCGUUUAUGGUUGCCAGCCAUAUAUGCAAAAUAAAUAAAUAAGAAAUUUGAAUUAUGGUUGGUGACCAUAGUGCAUGUGCGCAUCAUUAGAUAAAUGGGCCUUCUCAAUUAUAUACUAGUAUAUAAUUUCAAGAAAAUAAAAUAAUAAAGAUAGAAAUAUUAUAGAAAUAGGCUUUAUUUUAUUAUUCCUAGUUUGAAUAUUCCUUUUAUUGAAAGAAGUUGUGAAUUGCCUUUUAUGUUAGUGUCAAAUUUUUUUGCCUGAUUAUUACAUAAGUGGAUGAAUACAUGUAGUUUAGGUACGGACUUUAAUUUAUUUUAAUUUCGUGUAUAUAAUAAUAAUAUUAGCAAUUGACGCUUUACCAUCCAAAAUUUUACUGUACUUAUUUAAUAUUGGAAGUGGAAUUGAAAGGGAUGAAAAGUGAGUCAAAUCAAUUCUCAUUGUAAUGUUUGGUGAGAAUGUGACAGCAGUGCAGCAAUUUGUAGCAUAAAUUAUUUUAUAUGGAUGC